CAUCGAUUGUCCGGACACAGUAUAAAUUUGAGACCAAUUCUCUUCUUUUCAAGCACACCCUAAUUCGUCUUCAACAUGAAUACAACUGCCAUCAUUGCUCUAGUCGCCUUCCUCUUCGCUGUGGCUACAGCCGCCCCACAGCCUUACCAGGGAAGACCAGAGGACCCUGAACCCGUCGUCAGUGUGACGACAUGUGGCGGCCAUGUGGACGCGUCAUCCGCCUCGAUCCAGUUUCAACUUGGCGGGUCAAUCCGUGCCGAUAUGAGGUGCGUCUGGAUUGUGCGGGCACCUUACACCGUCCAAAGAUUCAGUCUGAUUUCUUCCGGUCUUAAGGAGACAGACGGUCUUUACAUUACCGCAAUAUCGAGUUCUGGGCUGCGAAACUCAGAAAAAUUGUCUACGCUUGGUCAGAACGUAACCGUACCGUCAAAAAGCGUGAUGAUCACCUUGAUCGUUGGACACGCGCCAACGGUUGGAUUCAAAAUGGAAUUUUACUCGAGCGGUGGCUCCUCCGUGGCUCCAGACGUUACCAGCUACACAAUUUUGACUACGGCGAAAGGAAAUAUGACCUAUCCCAGGAACGGUGGUAAUUAUGGAAGUAACGAGAUUGCCCUGUUUCCCAUUGCCCCAAGUGUCCCCGGACAGCCGACCCUACGCUUCACGAGGGUAGAUCUUGAAACUGGUACUUCCUGCCAAUUUGACUCCAUUAGGAUUUAUAAUUGGUUUGAUGGCGAUUAUCGUCAAGUAGCAAUAUUUUGUGCGUAUACAAUUCCAGUCAGUGUUACGUUCCAGGAUGGCGCGGGCGUUGUCUUGUUUUCGUCAGACUCUAGCGUGACCAGGACUGGAUUCGACUUUCAAUAUGAGUAACCAGCUAACUAAAUGUGGUUAACGUAUUAUUGUCUAAACUAUGUAUGUAUUUGUAUGCAUGUCAAAAAUUAUGUUUAUCUGUAGUUAAUAAAUUAAAGAUUUUUCUAUGUAUA